AUGACCAAGGCUGAAGGAGAUGAACGGCAGCAGGUGGUGCUCGACGGCAGUGACGUUCCAGCAUUCUCGGUGGCGUCGAUGGCGGCUCCAGCGUUCCAGCACUCACGGCGGUGCAGGUCUCGGCUCCAGCAGGCUCUCUGGCGGUGCAGGGUCUCGGCUUCGGCAGUGCAGGUUCUCGGCUCCGGCGGUGCUGGUUGCUCACGGUUCCAGCCGUGGGUUGAGGUUAAGGCUUUUAGCAAAUCUCUCGAGUCAUUUAAAACUGCAAUUGUUGUUGGUGGAACUAAUAUAUCUGACCAGAGGUCUGAGCUCCGUGCUGGAGUUGAUAUAGUUGUUGCUACUCCUGGGAGAUUUAUAGAUCAUUUGCAGCAAGGAAAUAGUUCACUUUCAAGAGUUUCAUUUGUUGUUCUAGAUGAGGCUGACAGAAUGCUUGACAUGGGGUUUGAACCUCAGAUAAGAGAGGUGAUGCGGAGUCUUCCUGAAAAGCAUCAAACUUUGUUGUUUAGUGCUACCAUGCCUGUGGAGAUUGAAGCACUAACUCAGAUAAGUUGACAAGUUGACGUGAAUAUUUAAAUAUUAAUUCUGAAGCAAGGUCCUUUUGUAGAAG